AUUACCUUAACGCAUAACUAAACUAAUCAUCUAGAAAGAGUCCGAGUGAGUGUGUCUGUGUUUGUGAGAUAAAGAUUGUUGUGCAGCCAUAAUGUCACGGACCCAGCUUUGUCUCCCACCAUCUUUUAAAUGAUUUGUAACAGUUAAAAUGUUAAUUUUCUCACAAUUAAAUCUAUCAGAAUUUCCUAUCUGUCAUUUCAGGUUGCUUGUUAUCAAUGGCUGGAAGCCUUCCAGGAGUCGAAUGUGCUCGAAGAAGGCGGUUCCAUCGGAGUGUGGCUUGGUCUGACUCCCCAAAUUUGGCUGUGCACGGUGGAUCAAGGCGCUCCUCUUUCUGCUUGUACACAAGCAACCAUGAUACUCAUCAUUCCUAUACCUCUUCACUGCAGCAAAGAACUUUAUUAAACCAAGUAAGCCAGGAUGAGAAGCUAGAAGAAGUAGCCAGAGAAGCCAAGGAAAGAUUAGAUGGGAAGUUAAGAAUACCAAGGAAAUCAUCAGAAACUAAAAGGAAUAACAGUAACAAAGACAGGCUAAGGUGUGUGGAGGAAAGGUCAAUGGUACUGGGAGAAUUGCGUACACAGGUGUUUGGGUCAAAGAAGAGUGGGUCAAGAAGGUUCAGUUGGACCAAGUUGAGCUGGAAGGCUUCGGACCAAGAUGACUGUGCUGUUUGCUUGGAACUGUUCAAAGCUGGUGAGACCCUAGUGCACCUGCCUUGUACCCAUAAAUUCCAUGUGAGAUGCUUGGUGCCAUGGCUAGAGAACAAUGCUCAUUGCCCUUGUUGUAGAAUGGGGAUAAUACCCCAGUAAUUAAUUUUUUUUUUUUUUUUUUUGGGGUACUAUUUUAGAUAUCUUAAAUUAAAGUUGCAUUUGGUGCAAACCAUAUAGCACCUUCAAUGCAAAGUGUGAACAUUAUUGUGACGCUUGUCUUGCUAAAAUCUACCAAUUGUGUUUGUUCGUUUCAACAUUGACAAAA